AUGGAGGAAACCCACCGGCCCAGACAGGACAGCGGUCUCUACGAGGGCAUUGCGCCUAGCACUUUUAGCCUCGCCGCCGAAUCAUAUGUUGAUGACAAUGCGGGGGCCGCUGCUGUGGGGCAGCCAGUCGGGGACAUUGCGCGAACCACCACGGCUGGUGUCCCCGUGGGGUCGAGUGGGGAAAGCGGGGGUGGCGCUGCGGGGGUCCUUCCGGAACCGACAGCGGGGGUAGUGUCAGGGACAACAGAUGCGACCCCAGCUGCUGUCGAAAUACAACCAUUCUACAGGAAACGAUGGUUCAUCGUCUCUCUAAUUGUCGUGGGCCUCGUUGGCAUCGGUCUGCUCUUCGUCAUCCUGUAUCCCGUCAUUCGUGCGAUUGCACAACACGUCGUCGACGUGUCAGUCCUUAGCAUUGACAAAGCAUCAAUCUUACAGCCUACAAAUGAUUCAUUCACCCUGAAAAUGGAUGGCCUUGUUACGCACACGGGUAUAUUCUCCGCCAAAAUCAUGUUUCCCAAGCCAUUAAACGUGUCCUGGCUCAAUGGAGACGAGGUGGUGCCCUUGGGCUCGUUCAACAUGCAACCGCUCAUCGCGAAGCACAAGCGCGCCUACAUCAAUCAGACUACGCAGUUCGAGAUCUCUGAUGAGGACGCCUUUGGCAGAUUUACAGCUUCUAUGAUCAUUGCUCAAAACUUUACCUGGCGGCUAGAGAGCAACGACUUGGCCGCGCGUGCGCUGAAAUUCCCGCUAGCAAAAGGCAUCAAAUUUAAAAAGGAUGUUCUAUUCAAUGGUAUCAAUAGCUUUGAGGGAAAUGUUCUCCUGAAGGACUUUCAACUUCCUAGUGAUAACCCUGAAGGCGGGAUCAAUUUUGUGGCCGUGACGCAGCUGAACAACCCAAGCCCUUUCGACCUCAGUCUUGGCACGGUGGUAUUCAAUCUUCUGUAUCGAAAUGUUUUCCUAGGUGCAGGGAUAGGAACCAACACGAGCAUUAGCCCUGGUGAGAACGAAAUCACUCUUCGAGGGCGGCUUAUCCCCCACAACGACUCGGACUCCGAACUGGCCAUUGUCUCGCAGCUGUUUACGCAGUACAUUAACAGCGAAUCGUCUCCUGUCAUUGCAAUAGGCCAGUCAACGUUGCAGAACGAUAAUUCGACCAUUUCGUGGCUCAGCCAAGGCCUGCAGGCGUUGCAGCUGACGGUUCCACUGAAGCCGUUCACUCCAAUCAACCCUAUACGGUCCAUAGAUAUCGGAGACUUCGGUCUUGCUUUUUCUGAAAGCCAACCGUGGGCGCCCGUGGCUAACAGUCAAACGGUGCAGGCUUCUUUGCAAUUGCCUUUCGGUUUUGGACUUUCUAUUGGACAGAUUGAGAACAUGUUCAACAUAACGAAGAAUGGUUCUGUCGCUGCAGGACUUUUAACGCCGCUGGGGGCAUCUACAUCUGAAAUACAUGUGAUCAAUUCCACCAACACUCAGGGAGUCAUCAACAUCACCAUCGAAAAUUCUCCCUUCCAAGUGCCUGAUCCUGAUCACCCCCACUUCGCACAGUUCAAUGCUGACUUAACAGACCUCUUUCGCUCGGAUUUCCGGUUGGAAGGUCACGCACGCGCUGUGUCGGACAUGAGCAUCGGGAGGAUCACAUUGGACCCAAUCAAGUUCAACGUUUCAUCUGGCUUGAAUGGCCUUCAGGGUCUUAGGAAUAUGGUCAAGAUUGAGCAUGUCGACGUGAUGGGAGGCUCGCCUGAAGCUCUAGACCUUGGAAUCGAUGUAUCUAUCUACAAUCCGUCAAAUUUGAUUCUAGAUACUGGCGACCUGGUACUGCAAUUAUUCAGAGGCAGCGGGCUUCUGGGCACAACCUUGCUCCCUAAUCUCACUCUCAACAUGGGCAACAAUUCUAUGCGUGCGCAAGGUAGCUUCUCACCCAACAACAGUCCGGAAGGACAACAGACAUUGAACGACUUCGUUGGGAAGAAGGACGUGGACAUCCAGAUCUCAGGAUACGACGGAAGUACGAAGAUCGAUUCCCUUCUUAAAGCCUUCGAAACCAUCAACCUAGAUGCAAGUCUGCCCGCAUUAACUACUGACCUUCUUAGUUCUGCUUCUCUCGAAGUCUUGACCACUACUGGCCAUGGAAAUAAUCUUACCCACGUCACUGUCGACCUUGUCAACACAUUCACCGCCGGACUCGAGAUUACACAGAUUAAGUCUACUGUUUUCGCACAUGGCAUUCAGCUCGGCACAAUAGAUACCAUCACUAACUUCACGUCCGCCGGGAACUCAACGACCACAUCGCCGAACCUGGCCCUGGACCUGAACAUGGACCCUCAAUCGUUAUUCACCGUGACACAUAGUCUGGCGAAACAAGCAGGAUUGGACACAGCACAGCUCGAUGGCAUCGUUGCUCUUGGUGAUUAUCAUUACUUGGACAGAAGCGAUACUGUGUCUUCAAACAAUCGCCGCGACAACGUAUAUACUGGGUUCAAUUUGCCGAACUUCGUUCAAGAGGCUUUCAAGCAGCUCCACUCAGAUGUUGAGCUUACGGCAGGCCUCACGAUUGGCGAUUACAAGGCGAACCUGCAGUACACGCAGAGCAAUGUGCCAACGAAGACGGAUCAGAGCAUCAAUCUCCUGCUACCUAUCCUAGCGCAGCCUAUAGUACAGAAGAUUGUUGGCGGGGCCUCACUUGGCAUUAACAAUGUCCUCAUCAAGAAUCCGCAGCAAAACUCCUUUGACACCAGGCUGUCGGGGUCAAUCACCCAGUCCGGUCCAUUCGAUGCGGUGAUCGCCUUCGGAUCUGGAUUGACAAUUGCCUGGUCUGGUCGGGCGCUUGGGUCAAUCGCGAUGUCGAACAUCAACGUCACGGGGGACGUUGGUGCUCAAUUCGAUAUUGAUGCCACUUUUCAUGUCGCAGAUGUGGAUCAUUUGACCAAUUUUACGAGGGUAUUGUUAACAGAGGAGUCUUUCGAAUGGGAUAUCUCUGGGGAGAAUCUUACUGUCUCAGCGCUCGGUAUCGAGGUGUCAAGCAUUUCGCUUCCAUCAAAGAAGGUCACCUUGAAGGGUAUGAACAAUUUGAAGAACGGUGUCAAGAUCAACUCCUUCGAUCUACCUGCCGAUGAUCCUGCGGGUGGAAUCCACCUCACACUCGAUACGACUGUGACCAAUCCAUCGCAAGUUGGAAUCGAAUUGAGCUCGCUCGGAUUUCAAAAUUUCUUUGGAAAUACCAAUAUUGGCCCGGUCAAAUCCAAUGGGACCUUCACCCUCAGCGCCCAGUCUACCGUUCCGCUCAGUCUGAUCGGAAGACUCAUCCAUCAGGAUUCCGACUCCGGGUUGCAUGACAUAUCAACGGUGUUUAACAACUUUAUCCAUGGGCAAGAUAGUGAAGUCGGUGUUCAUGGUGACACCGCGGGACCGAGUGAUGUCACUUGGUUGAACGACGGAAUCAAAAGCCUACAGCUCACGACUGCACUGCCCAACCAAGGCAGAUUAAACAUGAUCAAAUCCAUUGACUUGAACGAGCUCAACCUUCAAUUCUCGACGGACACGGCGUACGAUCCUUCAACAAGCAGUAACGAUGCGACAGCGGCCUUCACCUUGCCGUUCGCCUUCCCUGUCGAUAUUAUUGCUCUUGCACAGAACAUUACAGUCGGCGCAGAAGGACAUUCAUUUGCGGAACUCGUCAUCCCCAAGGGCCCAAGCACCACUAAUGUUGACACAAGAGUUAUUUCCUUGACAUUCUCGAACGUUCCGUUCGCUCUGCUCGACGGCCAGCAGGGUGCUUUCCAGCAAUUUUUGGCGGCAACGGAGACAGCAGUAAAUGAGACCAUGCAAUUCUCUGGCGCAGCGAACACUGAUGCCAGCACUGCUGUCGGCGUGCUGUCGCUUAACGAUAUUGAAUUCUCGGUCAGCACCUCUAUUGCAGGACUACAGGGAUUGAACUCCAAACCUGCGAUUGUCUCAUCACUGGAUGUAAAUCAUGGCUAUUCGGAUUACUUGCUCAUUAAGGUCAACGCUUCGUUGUUUAAUCCCAGCAAUAUCACUUUAGGCACGUUUACGAGCACAAGAAACACAAGUGGAGUACUAACGUACAACCUAGGUGCCGGCAAUGUUGCUUUUGGGUUGGCGUUCCAGAAUCAGCAACUCGGCACUGCAGACAUCACCAACCUCGAGAUACUCCCUGGAAAUAAUUCUUAUGCGAUAGGUGUUCACUUCUCGCCCCAAGGCACUGCAGUUCCUGCGGGCCAGGCCCUCCUCGAGAAUUAUCUGCAAGGCAUCCAAUCUGACACAGUCAUCCAAGGUUCCGAGGACAGCACUUCGAUUGAUUCUUUGAAGCUAGCUAUGUCUAAAAUUCACCUCGAACCCGUACAAAUUCCCGCGUUGCACCAGAAUUUGAUCACCUCAGCCUCCUUGUCUUUCCCUACGGACAUCGUCCAGACCGGAAUUGCGACGACCACUUUCGUUUUGGCAAAUCCCUUCACGGCUAGCAUCAACUUAUUGGAAGUGACGGCUACGGUCACUUUCCAAAACUUGACGCUCGGAAGUAUCGACCAUGUUGAUAGGUCAUUGUCACCAAUCCACGCAGACGGCGGCUCUACUAUUACGUCCCCACAGCUACCCUUCAAAUUUAACACUGAUCCUAUCAUGAUCAUUGAGCUCCUGAUUGCUGGUGCUCAAAACAAUCAUGUAGAUUUAGGCCCGCUAGUGGACUUAUUUUCCAUUGUUGUAAAGGAUCCAAGCUAUCAUCCUCCGAUCACUACUUCCGUGGUCACCAAUCAAUCUUCUUGCGUCAGUGGAAAGCAAUUCAAUGUCAAUGAAGCCAUUCUUGCCGCCUUAGAAAAUCUGGAUGUCACAUUGAACGUAAACAGUGGUGUGAAGAUCGAUGACUAUCCCACGGAGCUCUCCUUCAAGCAAUACAACGUUUCUGCAAUCACGGACGAGACCGCAUUGUAUCUUAUAGGUGUCGUAGCUCCACCCAUCGUGCAGGAUCUUGUUAGUGGAUCCGUAUUGAGUUUCGACGAGGCAAACAUCACAAACAUAUCGGACGAAGGAUUUGAUUUAUCGCUCCAUGGGUCGCUUACGGGCACCGGACCAUUGGAUGCAGAAAUCACCUUUGUUGACCCAGUAACGCGAGUCCUCUUCCCAUACAAUAUGGCUUCAACUAAUCAUCUGCUGUUAAAAGUUUGUGCAGCUGCUAACUCAGGCGUACCUGACUAUCGAACGAGCGCUCGAUUGACUAUCACCGAUCAGGACGAAUUCACGUCUUUUGCGACAAUCCUCCUGCAUUCCCCAAGCUUUGAAUGGACAAUCUCUACGCAAAACCUUCGCGUGACUGCUCUAGGAACGAAUUUCGAUGGCGUCACAUUGAGCAAGAACGUUUCGUUUAAGGCUUUCAACAAUCUGCCAGGCGUAACGAUCAGCAACUUCCAGCUUCCUGCAGAUGAUCCUGUUGGGGGAAUUCAUAUUGAAACCGACUCGCUGAUUCCUUCCCCAGCGCAGCUUGGAAUCGAUCUGGGCACUGUUGGCUUCCAGGCAUCCUUCGAGAAUGCAACAGUUGGUCCAUUGUCUGGAAGUGGUUUAUUCUUAGCUCCCGAUUCUCAGACGAACCUCCACUUGUCUGGACGUAUCGUGCCUCAGAGCAGCGGCGACGUUGAUAUAAUCGGCAAACUAUUUUCAGACUAUCUCGCAGGAAAGAACCAGACUUUGUCCGUGAAGGGAGAUUCCGUGCAACCUUCAGGGUCGACCUCACCCGUGGGAUGGUUGAGCACAGCAUUCAAGACACUUACGCUCGAGGUUAUUCUGCCUGGACAAACAUUCAAUGUUAUCCAAUCCAUCGAAUUAUCGGACUUCGAGGUCAUCAUGAACGAUCAGGAGGAAACAUUCGCGCCUCUAACGAGCUCUAAGCAUACUCUUGCGCAAUAUAAGAACCCAUUCGGUUUCUCAUUGCAAGUCGUACAAGCCUCUGAAGAUAUCAUUCUCGGCGCAAGUGGCGUUGACAUUGCUCAUUUACAACUUCCGCAAGCAUCGACAGAAGGCGGAGUAUCAACGGGCAAUCUAGUAGAUUUAGUCCUCACGUUCGAAAAUCAGGCCCUUCGCUCACUCAACAAUGCUGCCUUUAUUCAAUUCUUCGCUGCAGUCACAGACACCAAGGGAGUUGAAUUCGAGUUGAAGGGAUCAGCCGAUGUUGUGGGACGCACAACUAUUGGCGAUAUCCCUAUUUCUGGGAUUGCAUUCAAUGUAUCUUCAAGCUUGGCAGGCAUCAAUGCUUUCGGUGGAGCAGCUUCACUCAGCAAUGUCUCAAUCACAGGCAGCGGUGGAAAUGGCGGUAGCGAAUACAUCAAGACGCCGCUAACUACGAAGCUGCAAAAUCCUUCCAACGUUUCUCUGACGACCACAGAUGUUUCUUUACCUGUCUAUUAUCAAGGUGUCAUGCUGGGCCGUGCAGCUAUCAAUACACUCGACCUUGUUCCGGGAGAGACUACGGUAGAGACCGAAUUCCGCUACGCGCCUGCUGAUGCAAAUGAUACGACGGCACAAGAUUUCAUUUCUCGCUUCUUACAAACCAAUGAUGCCGUGCCCCUCGAGAUACGCGGUGACGUGGCAAGUUCACCCUUUCCAUCAUUAGUGUUAGGUUUGGAGGGCAUUCAACUGUCAACUAACUUACAAGCCCUCAAUGUCCCUCCGAUCAUAACGCACGUUAACGCCUUCAUAACCCUCGAUUCACUACUCACAAACCUCAUCAAAAUCAACUUUGAUAUUGCCAACCCAUUGGACACGGAAAUGACGAUCGAAUUCUCUCAAGCUGACUCCGGGCUCGACGGGGUCACAUACGCACAUUUUGACCAGGCGUUUACGGGCUUUACCAUUCCCGCCAAGAGCAUUGCGAAUAGUGGCACUUUUGGAAAUGUUUUGCUCACCCAAGGUGCAAUAGCAUCACUGGGAAUCAUCCCUAUCGGCAAGCUUGACGUCUUUGCUGUCGCCACUGUUCGUAUCGGCAGUGGUGGAUACGAGAUACCCUGGUUACACUUGACUCAACUUGGUGUAACAACGACUUACCAGCUCGACCUGAGCAUCGCUGAGAUGAAGGAGAAAGCGCACUCGAUCAGCGAGUCUAAGCUCGCGAUUUCUACUGCGACCAUUGCAUCGUCGCAAGCGUCAUCCGCUCCAGCAUCGACGACUGCCCCAUCGCAAACUGCCCCAAUCACGCAGUCAGGUUCAGCGACUAUUCUUGCAUUCCCAAUUCUCAGUCAAGAACCAUCAACAGAGGCGGAACCUUCCAACAGUGCAUCACCACUUGCGCCAUCGGCAUCAUCCACCGCCGCUGAGACUAUUCUUCCAUCAUUGUUAUAA